CCUUGAGCUCUGUUAGAUUCUCUCUAACUCCAUUUCUUAAUUGUCUGUUUUCUUGUUCCUCCAGAUUGAUAGAUCUGACAGUGAACAAUGUCGAAAUUAGCCAAUUAGGGGUUUUUAAUAAAAGGGUCAGCGAGAAAAAAAAAACAUGGAAGCAAGGAUGAAGAAGUAUAGCAGAGAAGUGAGUCCAGAGAGAGCAAAAGUCUGGACUGAGAAAUCACCAAAGUAUCAUCAAAAGAUUAAGAAAGUUCAAAUUGUUUAUUACCUCUCCAAGAAUCGUCAACUUGAGCAUCCUCAUUUCAUGGAAGUGUUGAUUUCUUCUCCAAAUGGUUUAUACUUAAGAGAUGUUACAGAGAGGCUUAAUGUUCUUAGAGGUAGAGGAAUGGCUUCAAUGUAUUCUUGGUCUAGUAAGAGAAGCUAUAGGAAUGGUUUUGUUUGGCAUGAUUUAUCAGAAGAUGACUUGAUUUUACCAGCUAAUGGGAAUGAGUAUGUUCUUAAAGGGUCUGAGCUAUUUGAUGAAUCCAACUCAGAUCACUUUAGUCCAAUUGUGAACUUAGCGAGUCAAAACAUGAAGCAGAUAGUUGUGGAGCCACCAUCAUCUAGAAGUAUGGAUGAUUCGUCUUCGUCUUCGAGUAUGAAUAAUGGGAAGGGGACUACUAAGCAUUCUCAAGAAGAUGAUGAGCUUUCUCCUCCAGCUCUUCGCUCUGUUUCCUCUUCUGGUGUAUCGCCUGAUUCAAGAGACGCGAAGAACUCGUCUUCUUGGUGUUUGGCUGAGUACAAAGUGUAUAAGAGCGAGGGGCUUGCGGAUGCUUCUACGCAAACCGAUGAAACUGUGAGUGGUUGUUCUAAAAAACCUAUAGAGACUUUUAGUAGAGGUGUUUCAACUGAUGAAGAUGGGUCAUCAGAACCUGAAACCAGCGAAAACAAUAUCGUGAGUGAGGCUUCGUGUGCGGGGAAGGAGAGGGAGAGUGCAGAAAUAUCAAGAAACUCUGUCUCGCCGCCUUUUUCCAAUAGUGCAUCUUCGCUAGGCGCAAAGACUGAUACAUUGGAGUCUCUAAUAAGAGCUGAUGUUAGUAAAAUGAAUAGUUUUAGGAUUCUUGAACAAGAAGAUGUUCGAAUGCCCGCUAAUCCGAGGCUUAGGGCCUCGAAUAUGCUGAUGCAGUUGAUAUCAUGUGGUUCAAUAUCAGUCAAGGAUAACAAUUUCGGCCUUGUACCAACUUACAAGCCGAAAUUUGGCAACUCGAAGUUUCCGUCUCCUUUUUUCUCCUCGUCCUUUAUGAUGGGAGAUCUUGACCGUUUAUCGGAAACUCCGAGUCUAAUGGGUAUGAGAAUAGAGGAGAAAGAGUAUUUUAGUGGGAGCUUAGUCGAGACGAAGCUACAAAAGAAGGAUGCAGCAGAAGCUAAUGCUUCACUUAAGCGUUCUUCAUCCUACAAUGGUGACAGGGCAUCCAACCAAUUGGGUGUAGCUGAGAAUGGAGACUCAAAACCGGGUAGUUCGAAAUACAAUCCAGGCUCGAGAAAGGCGUCUUCUAUAUUAGGCAAGCAACAACCACAUAGCGAGUCCAUGAGAUCUCCUGUCUCAGAAAAGAGAAGAGACUCAUCAGAAGAUACUACCAAGAACAUUUCAUGUCCCACUAAGAGAAUAACCGAAUCUUCGAGGAAGCCCGAUUCAUUCAGAGAAGACGAUGAGAAAGUUAUUAAGAUCGACGAAAGGCUUGCUUCAGGAGCACGGGUUAGAAUCGAAUCGAAAGUGCCUUCAGAGGAGCCUUAACCAAGAGUAUGAAGCGAACAUUUUGAAAUCUAAAAGACCCUUUUUCUGGUUUGUUUUGUGGCGGCAACUUUCUCCAUUUUGAUUGUAAAUCUGGAAAGGUGGUAUGAGAAAAAGAGAAAGGGCAAAAAAGUUUCAUAAAAAGCCUAAAAAGAUUCUGAGAGCACUAAAUGUUGGUAUUGGGCAGAGAAAAGUUGUAAGUAAAUUGAUAGAAAAAAGUUUGGUAACAAAAGGUAUUAAUGUUU